CGUCCUUCGCCCAUUCGUCGUCUUCUUUUUUCGAUCUCUCUCCAACCUUCUUAUCCCGCUCACGGCAUGACUUUUCCAUCUUGUGCUGCAAUCCCCGCAUCUCCAUUUCUAGCUCUUUCUCGAUCCUGGCGUGCUUUGUCGGAUGGACGUACAUUUUUUUUGGCAGCCUGGUACUGUACUGUACUUUACGCAUCUCCUUCGCGAUCUUGGCAAAUUCUUUUGCUCCUUUUCCGCAUCCGUGGCCUUGUUUUGUCCUUUCUUACAACCUCUGUGUCGCUUCCUAUCGAGCUUCCUGAUUUGUUUGACCUCCUGCUUCUCUGCAAACGAGGCAUUCAUUCGUUUCAGAAAGUUGGUCUGUACCACGCGAUCAGGCAGACCGUCAAACUGUAAUGGAGCCACUAAGCCCUCCAACGCCUUCAAUCUCUGGAGCCUAAGAUCAACAGGCAUCAUCCUAGGUACUGGAGCUUCCCCUCCAUAUUCCUCUUGCAGCUGCGCGACGCGUCCCGGGUCGAUCUCGUCCAGAUCAUCUACAUUUUGAGCACCGGUAUGGGACAAUGACGAGGAAAGUACCGUGUCUGCUGCUCUUCGUUCAAGUCCACCUUGGCCAUCAUAUCCUUGGUG